AUGGGAUUUUCAUGGAUGCUGGGUAGUCUAGAUUGCAUGCAUUGGAAAUGGGAUAAAUGCCUGUCGGCAGAAUCAGGGGCUUACACCGCGUAUAAAGGGAGCAAAAGUAUCGUAUUGGAGGUAGUGGUGUCUUAUGAUGUAUGGUUUUGGCAUGCAUUUUUUGGUAUGCCUGGAUCAAAUAACUAUAUUAAUAUGAUGAAACGUUCAUAUGUUUUUCGAAGUCUUGUUACCGGAAAAGCACCACCAGUGAACUAUGAGGUAAACGGACAUUCAUAUGAUAUGCCAUAUUGUCUCGGGGAUGGCAUAUACCCAGAGAUUGCUACUAUUAUUAUGUCCAUUAAAGGUCCAGAUACAAGGAAAAAGGAAAUAUUUUCAUCGAUGCAAGAGGUUGCAAGAAAAGAUGUAGAGCGCGGAUUUGUGUACUGCAACAACAGUUUGGAAUCAUCAAACAACCUGCAAGAAUGUGGAUUCCAUAUGUGCUUUCCUAUAUCAUGA